UUCUUUUCUAUUCUCUCUCUCUCUCUCUCUCUUACCCUCAUCCUUAUAAUCCUAACAGAACCUUCUAGAACCACCACCAUAACAAUCAAUCUUCACCUCUUUCUUUCUCUCUUCAUGGCUCCGCCGCCACCACCACCACCACCACCACCGGUGGAACAACACAACGCCGACUCCUACUCCCCCGCCGCGGCCUCCUCUCUCGAGUCUCAGAGAUCUAUUCCGACACCGUUCCUCACCAAAACGUACCAGCUCGUCGAGGACCAAUCCAUCGACGACGUGAUUUCCUGGAACGACGACGGAUCCACCUUCAUCGUUUGGAACCCCACCGUCUUCGCCAGGGACCUUCUUCCGAAAUACUUCAAGCACAACAACUUCUCCAGCUUCGUUCGCCAACUCAAUACCUACGGAUUCAGGAAGGUUAUACCUGAUCGGUGGGAAUUUUCGAACGAGUUUUUCCGCAAAGGGGAGAAACGGCUGCUCUGCGAGAUUCAGCGCCGGAAGAUCUCGCCGUCGGUGUCGUCUCCCACGGCGGCGGCUGCGGUAGCUCCGACGGUGGCGGUUCAUUCGCCGGUUCCGCUGACUGCUGUACCGAUAAGAUCGCCGUCGAACUCCGGCGAGGAGCAGGUGAUAUCGUCGAGUUCGUCGCCGUCGCGAGGUCCGGCGGAGCUUCUCGAUGAGAACGAGAGGCUGAGGAAAGAGAACGUUCAACUGAACAAGGAGCUUGCGGAGAUGAGGUUGCUUUGUAACAAUAUAUAUAGUUUGAUGUCUAGCUAUGCGAGCGGCGGCGGUAACAACCAGCAAGCGGACGUCGGAAGUAGCGGCGGCUGCGCGCAGGGGAGCAGAGAGUCCGUGUUGACGGCGGUGAGGCCGCUUGAUUUGAUGCCGCCGGCGACGGAAACCGCUCCGGUGGAGAUGAAUCCGAAGCUGUUUGGGGUCGCGAUAGGAGCGAAGCGAGCGAGAGAGAACGGUAGCGGUGGUGACGGUGGCGGUGGCGGAGGCGGAGGCGGGGAGGAUGAUACACUUCUGCGCAUGCAUCAGCCACCUCCUGCGGAGGUGAAAUCAGAGCCGUCAGAUUGUCAGAACCAUCUCGAGAACCAGCAAACGCCGUGGCUAAAUCUGUGCCGUACAACAAAUCAGAGAGUUUGUAACUGACACGUGGCUAUGCUUUAACGCGUGGAACAUGAUAGAUUAGAUAGGUAGUGGCGUAGGGAAUCUGAGACCGAGCACGCGGAGGCGCACGUGAUGAUCGUCACGUGCGUCGUUUAACCGUAUGGGACCGAUUCCCAGAAGCUUCCCAGGGGACGCUUACAAUUCCGUCCCACAAGUCAGAAGAAAACGAUACUCUUGUCCUUUUAUUUUCGUCAUUUCUUUUAUUUUUCUUUGCUUUUUUUAGCAUUAAAAUUGUACUGUAGAUUUUCCUUUGGUAGUAUAUAGUAUUUAAGAUUUUGUUUAA